AUGUUUAUCGUUUCUGUUUCGUUUGUGUGUACUUAAACAAAUUACAAUCCUCAAUUUUGUUUGUUAAUUUGAUUGUGAAAACCCUGAUUGAACCAUCGAUUGAGUCGAUUAAACGAAAAAAGAUGCCAAAACCAAGGAGAACAUGUAAAUUCAAUAAAGAACUUCAGUUGAAGUACCCUAUGUUCAAACCAACAAAAACAGAUGCUGACAACAGUGACGUUCAUUGUCCCACAUGUAAAAGUAUAUUCAGUAUAGCGAAUAAGGGAAAAUGUGACCUAGAUCAACAUCUAAACACGAUGAAGCAUAAAAAAAAUAUAAGGGAAGCAGAAGUAAAUAAUAAAGUUACCGAUUUUCUUGUGCCAAAAUAUACAAAUAUCGAACUACAGAUUUCUGCAGCUGAAGGAACGCUGGCAUUUCACACAGUGCAUCACCAUUUAAGUUUCAGAUCAUGUGAUUGUUCUGUCAAAUUGAUUAAGAAGAUAAUACCAGAUUCUAGUAUGGCAAAAAAGAUAUCUUGUGCCAGAACUAAGUCUGAGGCCAUAAUUGUUGGAGUGAUAGCGCCAUACUCAUUAAAUAUGGCUGUGCAAGAUGCAAAAAAAUCAAAUGUUAUUGGUAUCGCCACAGAUGCCAGUAAUCAUGGUAGUCUGAAAGUUUUUCCAGUUCUAAUACAAUUUUUUGACAAAAGAAUGGGUUUAUCCUUGAGACUUAUUGAAGUGGGGAAUUUGGAAAAUGAAAAAUCUGAUACUAUUGCUAAUUAUUUAACAAAUAUAUUGCAGAAGAAUGAUUUAAAGGAUAACUGUAUUGCAUUCAGUGGUGAUAAUUGUAAUACCAAUUUUGGGGGAAUGAACCGUAAAGGAACACAAAAUGUUUUCUCAAAACUGAAGAAUUUAGUUAACUUGAAAUUAGUUGGUAUAGGUUGUCCUGCACAUAUACUAAAUAAUUGUGUACAGAGUGGAACUGACACUUUACGAAUCGAUAUUGAUUCUCUUGUUUUGAAAAUAUAUAAUCAUUUUUCAAUCUACACAAUAAGAACAGAGUCUUUAAAACAUUUUUGUGAAUUUGUAGAAAUUGAUUAUAAAAAAUUACUCUAUCAUAGCAAGACACGGUGGUUAUCACUAUUUCCAUGUCUCAACAGAAUAUUAGAAAUAUAUCCAGCCUUGGAAUCUUAUUUUUUAUCAGAAAAUAAUCCACCAGUCACAAUUAAAUCAUUUUUUGAAGAUAAACUAAAUGAAAGUUAUCUAUGGUUUUUACAUUCACUAAUGUAUAUUUUCAAUGAAAAAAUUAAAGCUAUUGAGAGGGAAGGUAAUUCGAUUUUAGAAAUACUAGAGUGUUUGGAGGAUAUUAAAGCUUGUUUGAGGGAACGAAUGCAGGAAUCUUUCUUUCCCAUGAAAGUGAAAGAAAUUUUCAGAAAAUUCGAGAGAGAUGGCAAGGAAAUAGAAGUUAGUAUUCUGAAAAAAAAUUUCUUGUUCGUGUAUGAAAGAUGUUAUGAAUACUUAUAUGAAUGGACCAAGCCUUUUGAAAGUUUCGAGAAUCUGAAGUGGAUGAACUUGAAAAAUAUUCCUUCCUGGGAAAGUAUUCAAGAGUCCAUCACUUUCUUCAUUGACAAAGGGAUCAAUAUUCAAGAAUCUCUCCUGUUUGAUCAAUUUUGUAAUCUCAAGAACUUUUUAAAAUCAUCUCUAAAAGAUGAUAGUUUCAACCAUUUACUUUCCCAUGAAAAAUGGACUAAAUACUUCAAUGACAUUCAUGUAGAAGAAAAUUACAGCGAAUUUUUAAAAAUUUGCCAGUAUUUCUUUGCUGUGCCCGCACAAAAUGCAAACCUCGAAAGAAUUUUUUCUCUCAUGAAUAGUCAAUGGACUGAUGAGCGAAAUAGAUUGAAUAUAUCAACUGUUGAAUCUAUUCUGAUAACACAGUUUAAUUUCAAAAAAUAUAGUUGUGAACAGUUUUAUGAUCAUUUGAUGUCUAAUAAAGAUCUUUUACAUAAAAUAUCAUCUUCACAAAAAUAUUCUUAGAAAAUAUUUUGUAUUAGGUAUGUUUCAUGGUCCAGUUCCACGAGAUGUUCUUUAGUUAUAGUGUAGACGAAGAGAAAUAUAUUUUAAUUUAUGUACCUGAAUUGUACCUGUUUUACUGAAAUCAGUAAAUAAAAUUUCUUUUUAUUUUU